AGACUGUUUGGCUCCAGCAGGGCCUUCGCAAUCUGAAGCACACCCGCGCAUUCUGCGUACAUCCUACAACUUCUGGUCGGAUCACCUGUCCCGCAGAUGGCCCGUCUCUUAUUGAUUGCCAGUCUUGUCGGGGCGCGCGGGGCCGCUGGCCUGGGUGCGGCCCCCGCCGAUUCCAGCAUGAUACAGUUUGGAACAGCGGUGGACAAGAGCAACACCUCGCAGCAGACAACGGCUUACGAACUCCGUACCGACCUUACUUGCCCUGCAGGUUAUUCGAACCUCGUCACGGAGACUGAGUGCGAGGCUGCACAAAUUGCUUUGGGCUUGCCAGGUUACAAUGGGCUGCAUUUCCAGUAUGACUCUCAACGUCGGCCGUACUGUUGGGUGGGACCGAGCAACGGUGUGAACUUCAACCCGAAGGGUGACUACGGUGCGAAGUCUGGUAAUGCGAACUUACAUGUGUUGUGCGAAGUCAUUGAGGUGGCCCUUACUUGACAAUUUGCCCCCUACGACCACGGGUAAGUAUUAAUAAAUCGCUCCCUCUGCAUUCCGAGCAUCGCUUUCCAAGUCACAGUGCCAAUUGUGCCACGCCUGCUCGUGCCCAGCGUUGCGCGCCCGCCUCUACUCCUGGGGGAGACGGGCUGGGGGACGGAC